CACUCCGGCUCACAGAGAGGGACUUGAGAUGCUACAUUUUUAUGACGAAGUAGCAUUUUUUCUUCCAGACCUCCUGUUUUUUUACUGCUUUCGUCAACAUGAAACUAGAACAUGUUUGUAGUUGUUGCGGGUUUCGUUUUUCUUCCCUUUUGAUCCCUGAGCGUCUCAUUGAUGUUCACUCCUUUUAAAAGAAACUGGAUUUAUGAUUAGCUCAUAAACCGAGAGGAGAACAGAAGACAGAGGUGCUCCAUCACUUGUUUCCGGCCAGACUCGGGGAAUCUAGCGAAGCCACGUUAGAGUAAGUGUUGUUGUCAUGUCCGGGGCAGAGGAGAAACCGGCUCCCGGUACAGAUGCAAAGGCAGAGUUUACAGCAGAAAAUCCUUCCCCGAGUACCACGCAGGCACAUGGCGGGACAUCUACAACAUCUUCCGUGGUUUCACCAAAGCCCAUUGCCACCUCAGCGACCGAGGAUGAGGAGGAGAGCGAAGAUGAGUCUGAGAUCCUGGAGGAGAGUCCUUGUGGUCGCUGGCAGAAACGUCGAGAAGAGGUCAAUCAGCGUAAUGUCCCUGGGAUAGAUGCUGCAUAUUUGGCCAUGGACACAGAGGAGGGAGUGGAGGUGGUUUGGAAUGAAGUCAUGAUUUCAGAGAGGAAAAACUUCACACCACUGGAGGAGAAAGUCAAGGCUGUAUUUGAUAACCUUAUUCAUUUGGAACAUGCCAAUAUUGUCAAGUUUCACAAGUAUUGGGCUGACAGAAAGGACAAUAGAGCAAGGGUCAUUUUCAUCACUGAAUAUAUGUCAUCUGGAAGCUUGAAGCAGUUUCUGAAGAAGACAAAGAAGAACCACAAAAGUAUGAAUGAAAAGGCGUGGAAGAGAUGGUGCUCACAGAUCCUGUCUGCGCUAAGUUAUUUCCACUCAUGUGAUCCACCGAUCAUUCAUGGGAACCUUACCUGUGACACUGUCUUUAUUCAGCACAAUGGGCUCAUUAAGAUUGGAUCAGUUGCUCCAGAUACUAUUAACAACCAUGUGAAGACAUUCCAUGAGGAGCAGAAAAACUUGCACUUUCUUGCCCCUGAAUAUGGAGCUGAUAACGACGUCACCACGGCUGUAGACAUCUACUCGUUUGGCAUGUGUGCCUUAGAGAUGGCGCUAUUGGAAAUUCAGAGCAAUGGAGAUUCCUCAUACAUCUCUCAGGAAGCUAUAGACAAUGCCAUACAGUUACUGGAAGACCCACUCCAGAGGGAGUUAAUCCAAUCGUGCCUUGCGGGUGAUCCCAGUAUAAGGCCUACAGCCCGGGAACUGCUGUUUAACCAGGCUCUCUUUGAAGUGCCUCUAUUAAAACUGUUGGCUGCACACUGUGUUGUCAGCUACCAACACAUGAUUCCUGAAAAUGCCCUGGAGGAGAUUACCAAGAAGCUGGAUCCCAAUCUGGUUAUUGCUGUGACUAAAGAGGAUGUUCAGCUCAAGUUGUCCCAGUUUCCUGCCUUGGAGCUUGACAAAUUCCUGGAGGAUGUGAGGAACGGCAUUUAUCCAAUGACAGCAUUCGGGGUCCCCAGUCCCCAGCAGACCCAGCUUAAAACAAUUGCAUCUCCUGUUGUUAUUCCAUUGGUCAAAUCACCUACACCUGAACCUGCAGAGCUUGAGACGCGACGGGUUGUUCAGAUGCAGUGUAACUUGGAGCCUGUUGAGGAGGGAGCAAAGUAUCAUAUAACAUUACUGCUGAAACUGGAAGAUAAACUGAACAGACAUCUAAGCUGUGACAUGUUACCUCAUGAAAGUGUUCAAGAUUUGGCUGGAGAGUUGGUGCAGCUGGGCUUGAUCAGUGAGGUGGACCAAAUAAAAAUAACCUCACUGCUUGAAGAAACAUUCACCCAAGCUCUUCACUAGUACGUCUCAUCAGAAGUAAAUUUUCAGCCUUAUUACUUGUUCCUCCCGGAUGCACAACACAGUGAUUGUUAUCAGAAUGUUUUGCAGGGCUUACAGAGCUUUGGGUGGUUUAUUUGACCAAAACAGUGGAGGAUCCCUUACAUCAGGGAAUUAAAAAUAUUUUAAAAGAACAAAAUGUACAACGUGAAGCCAGAUGAUCCCAAAGAAACCAGCAGCUGUGAACUUUCUAUUGUUAGGUGAACGUAUCCCAGCCUGGGAAACCUUUAAACCAAUGCUUUCUUCAAGUGUGCUUUGUUUACAUGAGGAGCUGCCUUGUUUGUUUCUUCGAAGGAGUUGAUCUAAAGCACCUUCGAGAUCUGAUUGUCUCCUUCAGCAACCUGCUGGUGUCCCUUUAUUUUAAUGGCAGCAUCUGGACCCACUGACAAUCAGAACUGUAGUUUCCAUAGAGAAUAGUAUUACCUUUCCAUGCACAAAAAAUGAGCCAGGCUACUCCUUUCUAAUUCCUCAUUUCAUAUGGUUCUCGUCAUAUUUUGCUCAGUGUUUUUGGUUUCUUUUAUAUCAUUCUCAGCUUUUUGUGCUUUUUUUUUUUUCCUCAAGUUAUUGCCUUCUAACUUAUAUGUGUGGACAUUUUGUUUAACCGGGCAGCAGACAUGCAGCUUCUGUAGGUGACCUUAAUAUCAGAAAAUAUUCCUAAUUUAAGAAGCCUUUAUUAAAGAAGCAAAGUAAGGGCAUUAUGGUAUUUUACUUUUUGAAAAUACAAUACAUGCUUACUUUGAGGUACUGUGAAUUUGAUGUCUUUAAAUGUUAGUUUGUUUUUUUAUAUUUAUGUUUUUCUGUCAAAACGCUUUUCAGUUUUUAAGUUUUUUUCUUUUACUUCUGUUUACAAUUGCUGCUGUCUGAGUGGACCGGUUACUCUGCCUUUAGAUUUCAUAUGAAACGUGUGUUGUGAACUUUGGUGAGAUAAUUUGUGAAAGAAAAGUCUUUGCCGGAUUGGUGUGUUUUGUAGGAGAGAUAGGUACUUUAUUCCAAGUGUUCUUUGCAUAAUUUCCUUCUUCCCUACUGAGGGUCUGAGCCAACAAAAUACUUUUUAGUCAUUAAUUAGGGAUAACUAAGAGCUUAGUGUUGUCAUUCUCUGUUUAAAACAUUUACACACAAGCUCAUAGUUAGACCUAUAUUGAGGUCAUGGAGUUUAUAUUGACAUUUUUAGUAAAUUUUCCUCCAAACUCUUUGUGGUCUACUGGUAUUUCUUUUGCUAAAAGGUCAGAUAUGUCUGAAUACUAAGCAUACAGCAAUAUCCAAGGAUUACAGUAAGUUUUGUUUGUGUUAAACAUUUGGUUUAAAUCUGUUUUGAGUUCUAUAAUUACUCUGGCAGAUAAUGAAAAAUGCUCUCCUAAGCCUUGUUUUUAAAAUGAUUUCGGUUACUGUCUACUACAUGCUGUAUGUGGUCAAUCUUAGUGCAUGGUUUAUGUCAUUUUAAUUAUUUUCACUCAUUGUGAGCUUCUAAGAUUGUAUUUUUCGAAGACUAGCUCAAGUCAACCAGGGGAAUGUAAAUGGAUCACCUCAGAGCACAGAGGUGGUUCAGACCAACCAGUUUGACCACCAGGGUUUAUAUUGACUGCAACCUUUCUAAAUGUACUUCUUUUGCACCCCAUUCAUUAAAGGUGAUAAAACUGGUUAUUAAAUAAUCAAACACAUUUGACAGCUUUAGUCUGUUACUCCAUGAUGUGAGCUUUUGGUUGUAUUUAGGUAUUUUUUAUGGAUUGUAUAUGACACAGACAUCAGUAAACGAGUGCCUUUUUGAUGCUUAAAUUCUGGCAUACAUCAGAAUGCAUGUUCUUGCAAAUAAAUGGAUGGAUGUGU